UUACAAGGAGCAAGCUAAAUUUUCCAGAGUAUUUCUAUAUUUUGCUAUGGGAACUCUCGUUUAUAUGUGCCGAUUCCCGCUAAAUAUCAUCCAAAAAGGGGACAAAAAUGGGGCAUUUCAAUGCAUGCUGUAUCAUUUUGCUUCUGAUGUGGGUGACCAAUGUCUAUGCUAUCUGCGCUCUGGAAGGCAUCGAAUGUGCGGACACAAUUGCAUGCUGUGGUGAACUGGUGUGCCACAAAGGAGUCUGUGUUGAUAUGACGAAAGUAACCGGCUCGGUGCGUAAGCCACGUUGCGGUGCAUGCGUCGCUGCUUUCAUUUUUUCCAUGAGAAUGGACGCGGAGCGCCACUACUGCAACCAGCAUCCCAAGGAUGGGAACGCCCUGGACCGGAAGAGUAACUCCCAAAUGAAACAAUACAAGAGCAUUUGCGAAAACUUUGGCUGCAAGUGCACUCCGAAAAAAUGGUUUGCUUAAAAAUCAAGACCGGUAGCACAGAAAAUUAUCAAAUUUUUCUCUU